CUGUAACAUCUCUUUAUCACAUCUGCAUCUCUGAGACUCACCUGGAAGAAGUGUGAGUCACACAGGUAGAUAUUUAUCAGCUUUGCUUUCACUCUUCUCACUCUAAGCCUAAAAACAUUUGGAGUUGAGAGGUUUUUCCAGUGUUGCAGUAGUAAAUACAGAAGCAAGAAACUCAAAAAGAAUAAAAUGGAAGACAAAGACACCAAAACAACCAAUGGUUCCCAUACGGAAGACCCCAAAGGAAGCUUCAAUGUUAAUUCACUAAAUUCAAGUAUCAGUGAAGAACACGAAGAGGUACCUAAUGGGUCAGACUCAGAGCAUGGAGGAAUCCAAACAACCAGACUCAGAACCAGUAUUGGUUCAGGGAGUGAGUUUCCGAGGAUUGGCAGGCCCAAUCUUUUUAGUACACCUGAUAUUAAAGUAGCUGGAAGCCCUGACCCCACAGAAGCUCGUAGGUCUCUGCGUAUCAGUGUUGGAUCUAACAUUGAUCCAGAUGAUGUGCUGUGUGAUUCCUGCAUUGACGAUAAGAAGAAAGCAGUAAGAUCAUGCUUGGUCUGCCAGACAUCUUUCUGUGAGGCCCACCUGAAGCCUCAUCUGGAGGGAGCCGCAUUUCGAGACCACAAGCUACUGGAACCCAUCAGGGAUUUUGAAGCAAGAAAAUGUCAACUUCACAGCAAAACUAUGGAGUUAUUCUGUCAAACAGACCAGACAUGUAUCUGCUACCUGUGUAUGUUCCAGGAACACAAGAAUCACAACACAGUGACUGUAGAAGCCGAGAAGUACGUAAAGGAGACAGAGUUAUCAGAGAUACAGGAACAACUUCACUUGCAACUCCUUGACGUGGAUGAUGAAGUUGAGAGGUGGCAAAAAGAAAAGGAUCGGGUCAGGAAUUUCACAACCAAUCAGAAGUCUGCUGUGGAUCACAGCUUCAAAGAUGCGAUCCGGGAACUCCAAAAACAGCAGGAAGACGUAAAAGCUCACCUGGAGCAGAAGGAAAGAUCUGCAAUAGACCUCAUUGAACAGAUUAUUAGUGAUCUUCAAGUGAAACGUGACCAGCUGCAGGACAGGCAGCAUGAUGGAGACAAGUUAUUGCACACCACAGAUGCUGUACUCUUCCUACAGGAGUUCCAGGUGGUUAUUAGAGAGGCUCCGCCAAUCCCACCACUCCCCACCUACACAGUGACACUGGAAGGAGAGAGACUUACUCAGGCCAUGGGCAACAUUAAAGAAGAAUUAGCAACAAUUUGUAAAAGGAACGUGGAGAAAUUCUAUAAGAAUGAAGUCAACCGGAAUUUGGUAGAAAAGAAUGGAGAGAACCGAUACAUGAUGAAAGACUUGACUUCAGACUGGAGUCAGCCAAAUGAGUCCUUUGGAAGAUUCGGCUCCCUCUUUAAUUUAAAAGGUGGCCGACAGUCCUUCCAGCCACCAUCCCCUGGUCGUAAUUUAACGGACACAUCAGCUUCAAGCCUCAACAAUAUGUAUGGGACAAAAGGAAGUUUCAAUGUCAGAAAAUGGGACUCCCAAGAAGAACCUUCCAGCCUCAGCUCCUCUCCAUAUUCUAUGAAAGGCACGAACCCUGGCCAAACCUUCCAUUAUGCCUCCUCUAGCCAAACCACAGAGGGCGCGAGCCAGCAGGACAACAAUCUAUACGGCAUGAAUGUGUACCCAAUGAUGAGCAGACCUUCACUCACCAAACCCUUGCCUCAAACAUGGAAAUCAUCCAAACAGAGCCUUCUGACUCAACAACGCCCAUUUUACGUCAACAAGGGAAAUGCAACAAACUCCAAUGAAGCCCCAUAAAUUAAACACCAACAGCCUUCUGGGCUAGCAUGGAACCCAAAGAUAAUGACCACCUCACCAAAGUUAUGGACCCAGGGGCAGUUUCUAAUUAAUCCCUUCACUGCCAUUGCAGCAGUGAAGGGGUUAAUAUUGUUUUUGGCUUUAAGUGCCAGAACUUGUUUAAUUCCAGCCUGAGGCAAAAAUCACAUUCUGGAAUUCCUGGGUGGGGAAAUGUUUUUUUGUGUGUAAAUUUUAUUAUACUUGCAAAACAUAGACAUAAGACAAAGUAACCCUAUACUAUAUACUGUAAGAUAGAAGUUAUAGUGGGGACAAAUACAGUUUCUCAAAUGUGUUACAAUAUGACUAAAAUAUAAGAAGCUAGUUCUCAAAUGCAUUAGUGACUUUGGCUAUAAAUGAAACACCAGGUAAACAAUGAAGAUAGACUCAUAUGUGCACCAGACAUCAUUUGUAUUAUAAAGCUAAAAAGCACCAGAAUAUUCACCAUCAAACAACAUGGAUAUUUUUUUUGUGCCUACCUUUUUAAUGGUGCUUUGUGCAAACCUUCUGAUUUCCUUGUAUUUAUAAUUAAUGCAGGGGGUUGGUUCACUCAUGGUCAGUGAGAUUAUCUCCCCUUACAUUUAUUAUAUAUAAAUAUUUCAUUGAUAUUGUGUAUUUUUAGUUAUUUUUACAAUUGUGUUCUAUCAUUAUAAACAAAAACUCUUGUUUAGACUUUGAUUCCCUCCCAUUCCAUUUAUAAUGGCUUUUGUUUUUUUCAACCUGAUUAAUUUCCAAACCCCUCUCAGUAGUUCAUUUCCUCUGACCCCUGCAGGCAGUCAGCAGACAAUUUAUAUCAGCUUCUUUCACUCUCAUGUUGAAGACACCUCCUCUAUUUUCAACCCUUCUGAUACCUUGGUGAAAUUAGAAAAUCGAUUCCACUAAGACGAGAUUUAUUUGCCUUCUUAUUCUUUAGAUGUAAUAAGCUUCAGUAUUUAGGCUCGCUGCAUGUUCUGGAAGAGAAACUCUUUAUUAUCUUUUGGCAAUUAUGUUAUUUCAAUAUCAUUUUAUUGUUCAGUUGGGUUGAGAGAAUAGCAGAACUAGGUAGUGCCAAAUAAAUAGAAAGCAACAGAGGUGUAAAAUUGUUUGUUUUCUAUUUAGAUACCUUGAGAUCAUUUGUUGAAAGAUUACCCAUUAGAUACAUAUUUCAAUCAGUGGUUUAACAAAUGUGAAUUUUCAAUUUGAGAUUUCAUUGGAAAAUACCCACGAGCCUCUGAAAAUCUGUCAUGGACUCAGUUUGACUGUUUUUAAUAAUAUUUUAAGGAGUUUAUUUGCAUUUAAUUUUGAAAUGUGAACUUUUUUUUCCCAUUAAAAUGCUACAGUUUUUGUGUAAAGUCACAAAUAUCAUUGUUUAUAGUUCUUACAGUGUGACAAAUGAAUAAAAACAAACACUUUCUUCUUUUAAA